AAGGGUUUCGAUUGGUGCACGGUUGGCGCCGGCGCAAAGCUGUCGCCCGCUCCGUGCGCCGGGAUUGGCGGUUACUCUGCGCAUGCGUGCACCGAUCUCCCGGCUCGGGUCUGGGAGCCUUCGCGCCAUUCGGAGGAGUGUGGUGGGGUGGCGCGUGCACGCGGUCAGCGGGUCACGUGCCUUAGGUCGCGCGGGGGGGCGGCGGAGGAGAGCGAGGCGUCGGGCACGAGUUACCUGAGAGUGGGGGGCGCGCUGUCCCCACCGACAUCCCGGGACUCCGGCCCCAGAGACAUCGCCGGGACACAGCCCGAGUCUCCGAGCACCCGCUGACAUCAUGAAGGGCCGGAUCGAGCUGGGAGAUGUGACUCCACAUAACAUAAAGCAGCUGAAGAGGCUGAACCAGGUCAUCUUCCCCGUCAGCUAUAAUGACAAGUUUUACAAGGAUGUCUUGGAAGUUGGGGAGCUGGCAAAACUUGCCUAUUUCAAUGACAUUGCAGUGGGAGCAGUAUGUUGUAGAGUGGAUCACUCUCAGAAUCAGAAGAGACUGUACAUCAUGACCUUGGGUUGCCUGGCGCCAUACCGCAGGCUAGGAAUAGGAACAAAGAUGCUGAACCACGUAUUAAACAUUUGUGAGAAAGAUGGCACCUUUGACAACAUCUAUCUGCAUGUCCAGAUCAGUAAUGAGUCCGCCAUAGAUUUCUACAGGAAGUUUGGCUUUGAGAUAAUUGAAACAAAGAAAAACUAUUACAAGAGGAUAGAGCCGGCCGACGCUCACGUGCUGCAGAAAAACCUGAAGCUUUCUUCUCCGGCGCAGAAUUCCGACGUGCAAAAGAGUGAAAACUAAACAGAAACGAACAAACCCUUUUCUUGCACUUGCUUGUCGCCAAAUAUGGAAAGAGACCCGUUGAGUUUUACUCUGACCGUACACUUCUAAUCUCUUCUUCCUUAUCCACUUGAGAGAAAAAACAAAAUAAUUAAAAGCUAAAAAAAAGUGUGUCGAAUGCUUCUUCAGAGCCGUACAAUCUCACACGUAUAUAUAUUGUUUGGUUGAACUCUGACAUGUUUUCCACUUGUGGAGAUCAUACUUGCAGGGGAGUUAUGGAUUUUCUUUUGGCUUUUCAACCGUUUCCCCCCCAUUUGUUCGGGAGAGUGAGUGGCUUCUAUCAGUCUGGAAUAGUCUUUAAAUAAAAACUAAUUUCUUUUUA